GCUGGUCCACCAGGGCAUUAUGGCGCUUAUGCAGGCUCAUAUAAUGGUCCACCAGGGCCGCCUCCACCUGGCUGGAGUGGUUAUGGACCUGCUGGAGGUGGUGGUGGUGGCGGCAGCGGUUUUGGAGGAUAUGCUGGAUAUCAAGCUCAGUGGGGAUAUGGUGUGCCACCAGGAAUGUCUGGCCCACCACCUACACCACAGGCUGAGAACAGUGCCAAUGCUAAUACCAAUAAUAAUAAGAGCAGCAAUAGUUCUGGAAAUAGCAACAAUCCUCCUCUCCCUCCCGGUCCCCCUCCAGCUGGCCAGAAUUCUGAAAAUGAUGGGCAGAACAAGAUGAAUAAUUUAAACACUUCCAACAGCAAUACUCCUGGGAAGCAUCAGGAUAGCAGUAGUCAACAAAAUGCAAAUGCUCCACUACCUCAGCAUUAUAAUAAUCAGGAUUAUAAUCAGGGUUACAGCUAUAACCCAUCCUAUGGUCCUAGUUAUGAUAACUAUAGUGCCUAUAGUGGUGGGUGGUAUGGACCGUCUGGUCCUCCACCAAUUGGACCACCACCAAACUACACUCAAUCACCUGUGAGUAGAGGGAAUUCUCCAGGCAUUUCAGGGGUUCCAGUUAAAUUUAAUCUUCCAAGUAAGAAAGGCCUUGGCUUUAAUGCCUUGCAGCAGCAGCAGGCACAGCAGCAACCACAGCAGCCACAAUCACAGCAAGAGCAGCAGCAGCAAGAGCAAGAGCAACAGAAGCAGCAGCAUGAGCAACAACAGGUGCAGCAGCAACAGGUGCAGCAGCAGCAGCAAGACCAGCAGCAGCAAGCACAAAAGCAGCAACAACAGCAUGUGCAGCAGCAGCAGCAUAUGCAACAACAGCAUGUACAGCAACAGCAUGUGCAGCAACAGCAGCAUAUGCAGCAACAGCACACGCAGCAGCAUUAUCAGCAGCAUAAUACGGGUCAUAAUAAGAAGAAAAAUAAAAAGAAUAAGAAUAUUAUGCUUAUGUCAAAUAGCCCAUGGAGCAAGAUGCAGUUUCUCUCUAACCAGCAGCAGCAUCUUUCUCCAAAUUCAUCAGGUGGAAAAGAAAAUAAUGAUGAUCAAGCCACAGUCAACAAAUCUUCAGUUAAUGAAAUCCAAAGUGGUAUGAACAAGACACAAGAACCAAAAGGUGUCAAGGAUAUAAAAGGAAUGACUGGACUAGUAGCUAAUGGUGAUUGGCCUGAAAGUUUGAAAGCAUAUGUUGGCCGGUGUUUUGCUCGAUGUGUCACUGAGCUGGACAAGGACCAAGUUGAGAUAUGUCUUAAAGGAAAGCUUACACAAGCUGCAAAUAAUGGAACUCUCUGGACUAAAAAUUGGGAUGAAGAAUCACUUCCUAGUAUACACAGUGAGUCUGCAGUCAACUUAAUAACACAGAUGAAGAACUGGAGUGAUGCAGGAUCAGACACAAGCUCUACAAGUCCUAUGAAACAGCAGAACAAGAAGUCACUUUAUAAUAAGAAACAAUUAAUUACAUCUGGGUAUUCUGCUCGAGCAAUAAGCAGAUCUCAUCGAUCGAAGUCUCGUUCAAGAUCUCGUUCCCGAUCAAAGUCUCACUCCAGAUCAAGAUCCGUUUCACGGUCAAAAUCCCGAUCCCCUAUGUAUAGAAAGGGAAGGCGUGAUAUCAAACGCCGGCACUCCUCAGAGUCUGAAGAAGAAAAUAAGGGGUUCAUACAACUAAGUUCCAAGAGGGGGCGAAGCCCAGGAAAUAGAGGAAAAGGAAAGAAGAUGAAAGCAAAAAACAAGGCAGACUGCCACUUCUACUCCAGACAUGGUCGCAUGAGUCUGGAUCCAGAGUUUACUACAUCUGAGAGGCUGCAGAAGAGAGCUGCUCGUUUUAGUGCUAAUGAUGGGGGUCCAAGCCCAAGCCCAUGUCCAGUACCUCAACGCAAAAAGAAGCAACUUAAUAUUACGAAAACUAUUAGUAACACUUUUACUGUGGAUGGAGAUGAUAUUGACUGGACAUCAAUGCAUAUUAUAGGAACUUCAACUGCUCUUGAAAAACCUUACCUUCGACUAACAGCGGCACCUGAUCCUUCUACAGUCAGAACGGUGGAUACUUUGAAGCGAUCUUUGGAGCACAUUAAACGUCAGUGGGUGCGCAACCAAGAUUACCGAUAUGCCUGUGACCAACUGAAAUCUUUACGACAAGACUUGACCAUCCAAGGCGUCAGAGAUGACUUCACAGUUCAGGUAUAUGAGACGCACUCUCGAAUUGCCUUGGAAAAGGGAGACCAUGAAGAGUUUAAUCAGUGUCAGAGUCAACUGAAACAACUGUAUUGCGAGGUGGGCGGAGAAAACACUCUUGAAUUCAUUGCUUACAGACUCCUUUACUACAUCUUUACCAAGAACACAUUAGACAUAACUUCUCUACUGGCUGGUCUGACAGCAGAGCAGAAACAGAAUGAGUGCAUUAGCUUCUCUCUUAAGUUACGUGCAGCAUGGUCAUUGGGCAACUAUCAUCGCUUCUUUCAGCUGUACCGCAAUGCUCCCAAGAUGGCUGGAUAUCUUGUUGAUUGGUUUGCAGACAGAGAGCGAAAGCAGGCACUAAGGGCAAUGCUAAAAGGCUAUCGGCCGGGUAGUCUAGAUGUCAGUUUUAUUAAGUCGGAGUUGGCUCUCGGAACUCAAGAGGAAUGGCAGAAAUUUGAAAGUGGAGUAAGCUUAGUGUAUACUGAUGUGUCAAAAACAAAAAUAGACUGCAAAAAGUCUACUGCAGAUGUUAUUGCGACAUAACAUGUUGUGCCAGGAGGAAGUUGGCACUAAUAUCUUGCAGUAUGAACUUAAUGGAAAUGCUGAAGAGCUGGUGUUAUACUGAGGAAUGUCUUUCAACAGUUGAGUAUUGAGGGUAGGUGGUUUGUGCGUGUGUGUGUGAGAGAUGGCUGUUUAUGAUGUUUUACUGACAAGAUUGAGUCCUAGACUUUCUCAUAAAAUACUCGUUAAAGUCUUUCCACGAACCUUAAACAUUUGGAGUGAACAUACGCACAGUGAUGCAAGUUUUUAUGCAUCAGUUUUUCUUAUGAAAUAAGAGAAAAUUAUGGACCUCAUACCAAUGAACAUAUAGCAUACAGAAAACAGAGUACAAAAUAUAAUUGCAUUAAUUUGAAAAAAGAGUGACCUGCAAAGUGAUAGUGCACAAACAUUUAAAUAAAGGACAGAAAAACAUGGAUACAUCUGGAGAACUCGGAAGUUAAGGCGUGAUAUAAAAGCUCGACGAACAUACAUUAUCCUGUCACUUGGUCUGUACUGGAAAGUGCCCUAUACAUUAUAAUCAAGAGUUAGUGUCUUCCGUUUUGAUAGCAUAUAACCCUUUUUUCUUUUUUUUUCAAUAAGCCCAUGUCAUUCUUCCCCCCCAUAGCAACACACAAUUAAUUUCGUUUUGUCCUUAUCCUUUUCUAUAACAGUUCAUGAAUGAGUGAAGUUUCAGUCAUGCAGUUUCAUGACAUUCAUUGCACAUAAACAAGUAUGCCAUCACCAUAAUCAUUAUCAUCAUUGGUUUGACAUCAACAGCAGUAACACAGAGGGUAACCCACCAUCUGACUUGAUUAUUGGAAACACUCAGUCAUCGAAGCCUCACCCUCACCCUGUGUUAUUUCGUGUGAGCUGUGAUGUCUACAUAACCAUAGGGAAAGUGCAGGGCAUCGGAGACUGUGCAGGAUCUUCACGACUACUCAGGAUCGUCAGGACAAUAAUGUAUCUUCACGACAACACUGGAUCUUCAUGGCACCGUUGGAUUUUUAAAGGGCUAUUCGUAGAGUUCCCUUAAUUUGUACCUUAUCCUAUACCAUUUUCAGGUACUUACUGGAUGGAGCAUGGAGGGGAUGCAACCUCUAUGGAAAACAUAUGCAUUUAUAUUGUCAUAGUGUACUAUACGAAGGAUUCAUUUACGCCAGCUUCAUCUGAGUGAAUGUUUGCUUUUACAAUUUGGCAAAUCUUCCUCAUCAAAUCCCAUUUUCACCUUUGCAGCUUUCCCUUGUGAUAGAGGGGCCAUUCCUUUACAGUUCCAAGUGGCUUUAGUUACAAGUACAGAGACUAGAAAAAGGUGCAUUAACUUUGUGGAACAAUUAAUCAACAUUGCAUUAUGGAAAUAGCUAAUGCAGAUUACAUAAUGGACCAAAGCAGUGAAGGGAAAAGUUAAUAUUGUUGUUCUUAACUUCCAUAUAUUGGUUGUAAAGUCUUCUGUUUUCUGCUAUUAUCUGGAAGUUAUAUUAGUUCUAGCCUCACAGAACAGAUAGGUUUGGUGUUUAUGAAAAUACCUCCAGGAAGAAAAAUCUUCAAGACAGUUGGGUUGUGUGUGUCAUUGAAGUUUCAGCAGUUUGCUUCCAUGUUUGAGUUUCAUGCUGUCAUUUGGGUAUUUGGGAUGACAUAAUAAUCUACUGGUUGAAUGAACCAGUCCUUCAGUUACAAGUUAUCCUUUGAGCAGCAGCAGUAGCAGUUCAUGGUGAUCCUGCAACCACCACUCCUCUAGGGUAUCAAAUUGUGGAACAUUAUCUUGUUCCAAAUUGAUCCAGAAUUGUUCCAGUGUCCAGCAGUUUUUGAGCAGCAGCAUUUCCAGUGUACCCCAGUAUCUGGUGCAGUGUUGCAGUCUUCAAGAAAAGCAGCAGUUCCAGUUAGCAGCAGAGCAGUGUGAGAGUUCUUCAUCAACGAGAAGUGUUCCGUAGCAGCUGUUGAGCAUUCCAGCCUUCAGUGUUUAGCAGUUACCGGAUCAAGGAGCUCCAGCAUCGUCAUCUAUUCUUCCAUUCCCCUUUGUCUAGCAUCCUCCUUUAUCUUGCAUCCCCUUUUCUCUCACAUCCUCCCUUAUCUCUAAUCCCCAUUUCUCUCACAUCCUCAUAUUUCUAAUAUCCUUCUCUCUUUUACAUCCCCUUUUUCCACUCUGUCUUUUCUCCUCUUUAUUUCUUCCCAGUAUAUCUCUCUCCCCCUCCUUUAUCUUUCUCCUCAUACUCUCUCCCCAUUAUCUCCCCUCCACUCUCAUCCUUUCCCCUCUCCCCCUCCUAACCUUCACCCUCCCUACCUUCUGGCCUCUCCUCUACCCUUUCCUCUCUAAUUUACUCUUUAGAUUUUUUCUUAUUACUCU